AACCAAACAGCGACAGUCAACAUGCCUACCCGACUGACCAAGACUCGCAAGCACCGCGGCCAUGUCUCCGCUGGUCACGGACGUGUCGGAAAGCACAGGAAGCAUCCCGGUGGUCGUGGUAUGGCCGGUGGUCAACACCACCACCGCACCAACAUUGACAAGUACCACCCCGGUUACUUCGGAAAGGUCGGUAUGCGUUACUUCCACAAGAUGCAGAACCUUUUCUGGAAGCCCGUAAUCAACCUGGACAAGCUCUGGUCGCUCAUCCCCGCCGAGAAGCGUGACGAGUACCUCGCCAAGAAGGGUGGAAAUGCUCCCGUCCUCAACCUCCUUGACUACGGCUACUCCAAGGUUCUCGGCAAGGGUCGUCUCCCUGCCGUCCCCAUUGUCGUCCGCGCCCGCUACGUCAGCGCCGAGGCUGAGAAGAAGAUCAAGGAGGCUGGUGGUGUCGUCCAGCUCGUCGCAUAAGCAGUUACAACAUGAUGUGCAUGACAUGGCGUCUCGGAUCACACAAAAGGAUAGGGUCUUAGGGUCCACAGCGCCUACGGGCCUGUGUAGACUCGUGUUCAGCGUGGUGGCUGAGGAAUGUUUCAUAGAAAAUAUGACCAUUCCUGAAUCAACCUUGGAUACCCAGCAGCCCCGCGAGGGUGGGCUGUGAGUGUUGUA